AUGGUAGCAGAAACUAAGCUCUACGACGCGCUGGGCAUCAAGCCGGAGGCCUCCCAAGAUGAGAUCAAGAAGGCAUACCGGAAAAUGGCACUCAAGCACCACCCGGACAAGAAUAAGGACAACCCCACCUCCGCAGACAAGUUUAAAGAGGUAUCCCAAGCCUACGAAAUCCUAUCCGACCCCGAGAAGCGCACAACCUACGAUCAAUAUGGCCUGGAGUUCAUGCUACGCGGUGGACCUCCUCCGCCAGACCCGAGCGCGGGUGGAAACCCAUUUGCAGCAGCAGGAGGUAUGCCCCCAGGAUUUGAUUUUGGCGGAGCAGGAGGCAUGCCAGGAGGUGGUAGAACCUUCCACUAUGAGUUCAGCCCUGGUGGAGGUGGUGGCGGCGGUGGCGGCUUCAGCUUCAGUAACCCAGAAAGCAUUUUCUCGGAGUUCCUGCGUGGACAAUCAGGUAUGGGAGGGGGCGGGGAUGGCUUUGAGGAUAUCUUUGGUGGGGGUGGGAUGCCAAGAUCACGACAGAGUGGUGGCAGGACGAGAGCUGCAGGAUCAGGGGCUGAGUCGGCGAGAUACAGAGCUGCUACGCCGGAGGUCACAACGGUGGAGAGACCGCUGCCGUUGACGCUGGAGGAGCUAUUCAAGGGCACACACAAGAAGAUGAAGAUUAAGCGAAAGGCAUUCGAUGAAGUUACGGGGAAGAGGACGACACAGGAUAAGGUGCUGGAGAUGGAUAUUAAGCCCGGGUUGAAGAAAGGGAGCAAAAUCAAGUUCAAGGGUGUCGGGGAUCAGGAAGAGGGUGGACAGCAGGAUUUGCACUUUAUCGUCGAAGAGAAACCACAUGUCAUGUUCACCCGCGAUGGCGACGACAUCCACUACACAGUCGACCUGGAUCUUAAGGAAGCUCUUACGGGGUGGAAGCGAACUGUUACCACUAUAGACGGCAGACAAAUCCCCCUCGACAAAGCAGGUCCCACCCAGCCGGGCCAAACAGAAACCUUCCCCAAUCUCGGCAUGCCACUCAGCAAGAAGCCAGACCAAAGAGGAAACUUCGUUAUCACGUACAACGUCAAAUUCCCUAGCAGCCUGACGAUGGAGCAGAAGAGGAAGUUGAAGGAGAUCUUGUAG